AUGACUAUUUUAUUUCUGUGGUUCCUCAAGAGAUUCCUCUUUAUCAUUGGACUUGGAAUUAUUUUAUUUCUCUUUGGAAGUAUGUUCCUUCAUGCAGAGUUCAUUAGCCUCACACGGGAGCCCUCCCAUGCAGUUCCAAUAGCACAGAUGCUGAAGCUCUUACCUGAGGAGCGUAUCAAAGACCUCUUUACCUAUGACGGAAUCUGGCUGUUCCCAAAAAACCAGUGCAAAUGUGAAGCCACCAGACAACAGGAAAGCUAUAACUUUCAGGAUGCCUAUGGCACAAAUGACCUUCCAGCAGUGAAAGCAAGAAGACAGGCUGAAUAUGAACACUUUCAGAGAAGAGAAGGGCUGCCCCGCCCACCCCCCCUGCUGGCUCAGCCCAACCUUCCCUUUGGGUACCCGGUCCACGGGGUGGAGGUGAUGCCCUUGCAUACAGUUCCCAUUCCAGGUCUCCAAUUUGAAGGACCAGAUGCCCACCUCUAUGAGGUUACCCUGACAGCUUCUCUGGGGACACUAAACACCCUUGCUGACACUCCAGACAGUGUGGUGCAGGGCAGAGGCCAGAAGCAACUGAUAAUUUCGACCAGUAACCGGGGGCUUUUGAAUUUCAUCCUCCAUCACGUGACUUAUACCAGCACGGGGUACCAGCACCACCGGGUAGACAUGGUGAGUCUCGAGUCUGAGUCUUCGGUGGCCAAGUUUCCAGUGACCAUUCGCCACCCUCUCAUCCCCAAGUUACAUGACCCUGGACCAGAGAGAAAGCUCAGAGACCUGGUGACCAUUGCCACCAAGACGUUCCUCCGCCCCCACAAGCUCAAGGUGCUGCUCCACAGCAUUCGCAAGUAUUACCCGGACCUGACUGUGAUUGUGGCUGACGACAGCAAGCAACCCCUGAAGAUUAAUGACAUCCAUGUGGAGUAUUACACCAUGCCCUUUGGGAAGGGUUGGUUUGCUGGUAGGAACCUAGCCAUAUCUCAGGUCACCACCAAAUACGUUCUCUGGGUGGAUGAUGACUUUUUCUUCGUCAACAAGACCAAGAUUGAGGUGCUAGUGGAUGUCCUGGAAAAAACGGAACUAGAUGUGGUAGGAGGAAGUGUGCUUGGAAACGUGUUCCAGUUUAAGCUGUUGCUAGAACAGAGUAAGAGUGGGGAUUGUAUUCACCGGAGGCCAGGAUCUUUCGGGCCACUGGACAGCUUCCCCAACUGUGUGGUGACAAGCGGAGUCGUCAACUUCUUCCUGGCCCACACAGAGCGACUCCAAAGAGUUGGCUUCGAUCCUCACCUGCAACGAGUGGCUCACUCAGAGUUCUUUAUUGAUGGGCUAGGAAGCCUGUUUGUGGGGUCUUGCCCAGAAGUGAUUAUAAGUCACCAGGCCCGUUCCCAAGCAGUGGACUCAGAGUUGGUUGCCUUGGAGAAGACCUAUAGUAUAUACCGGGCCAACACCAAUGCUCAGGUCCAGUUCAAGCUGGCUCUGCACUACUUCAAGAACCAUCUACAGUGCUCCACAUAAAGGUGCAAGUGGUAGGAAAAGCACUAGACUG